AUGCGAAGCAAUCUGCAGCAGUCUGUGGGCUUUUUGAGCUGGAGGCCAGCUCCAGGUUUCUCAUCCCUUGCUCAGUGCCCUUGCUGGCUGAAUCAGAGUCUGCACAACCUUAGAGAGCAGCAACUAUUGCAACAAAGAGUCGCUGGACUCCAGCCCUUCGGAUGCGUCAACCAGGGCAGAUCAGAAAAGGGCACUGUACCCGACGCUGUUCACUUCAGCAGCGUUGGACUUAUUGGGUUGACACAGGUCUUGGCUUUGACUGGCGGCUGGCUGCUGCUGAGAAGUUCCGAGUUGGCAAAGAAUGCUGGCCAGGGGUUAGUUCCAGAACACAGCUACAGCGGAGGCGGUGGUAAGGCUGGGGGAGGUCGUGGAAGCUGGGGCAGCGGCGGCAGCGACGGCAGGCUCCCUGAAGAAAUUGAGGGUCAGACUUUCCUCCACUUUGGGAAGGAGCCUGACGAGGAGGACCAAACCUCCUCUCAGCAGGAGUCCGACGCUGAAGUGUUCAUUGUCAUCCCUGCUCUGAAUGAAGCCGCCUGUAUAGCAACCACCGUCGGACAGUUCCAGUUGUCAGAACCCCACCCAGCAAGAAUCAUUGUGGUCGAUGGGGGAAGCGUCGACGGGACGCAGGAGAAAGCCCGAGAGCAGGGGGCUGUGGUGGUCACCAGUCCAAAAGGAAGGGCCCGGCAACAGAACCGGGGGGCAGAAGUAGCAGUGCAGAUGGCCGGGGGAAAGGGGGGAAUCCUGUGUUUUGUACAUGCUGACACGCUGGUUCCAACAGAUCUUGUAGCCGUUGUGAGGAAGACACUAGCUGACCGGAGGGUUGUUCUAGGCGGCUUCCUUCCAGUCAUUGAAGUCGGGGAAGGAAUCAUGUGGCCUAUGAGCUGUCACAACGCAAUCAAGACCUUUUACCUGCCCCUCCUGCUGCGGCCGCUAUCCUUUGUGAAGGGCCUUCGGGCCCUGUUCGGAGACCAAGUCCUAUUCUGUAGGGCUCGAGACUUCGCUGCCGUUGGGGGCUUCAACCAAGAGCAGCCAAUUAUGGAGGAGCUUGAUCUGUGCAUCCGGCUGCAUAUGCGGAAACCGGAGGGCACGUCCGCCCAGCGGGGCAGGAUUCGCAUGGUGAACCGAAUGGUUCACACCAGCGGACGAAGGUUCGUCAGCCUUGGGUUUCUUCGCGCGACGUACAUCCACUUCUGCAUCGGACUUAGCUGGUAUCUAGGCGCCUCUCCAAUCCAGAUGGAAAGGCUUUACAAGCAGAUGUACCAAGACGUUCGAUAGUAGCUUUGUUGUUAGGUAUCUCCCGUUCAGGCAGAGAUCAAACGCAUGCGCUUUUGCAGUCAGGAACAAGACAGCUUAAAAACGGUAUUGUAGGUUAGUUGGCUUGAAAAGCGCGCCGUUGGUGAAGAAGCUGCCUGCUUGUAUAGGAAGGCAGGCAUCAAGGAUCGGCUCUUAUCAUCGAAAUGCAAAGAUCAGCUAGUCGGUGCUCGUCAAGAACGUGCUUGGAAAGGCAAAGGCAGAGGACUGACGAUAGCUGACCUUAAUAGUCUCGAACUUGUCAAUUUAGACGGAGUAAGCAAUUUUCUCCUGCCCUGACAGGCCGCCAAAGUCUCCUAUUAGUCUUCUGUGCAAAUCCCAUC